GGUUGAAAUAAUGUAGCGUUUUAAGGUUUGGCUUAGGUGAAGUAACAAUAAAUAGGUAGUAAAUUGGUUUAAGAAUCAGCCAUUAAAAAAAAGACAAGACAUUUGUUGACCAUUAAUUUGAAUAUUGGUAGUCCCCUAAUGUCUGUGGUAAUUACAGUCCUGGUUCUUUUGGCCUGAGGUGUGGAAAUAUGAUUUCUUCAAGGUUCAGUAGUAAUCUUUUCAAGUGAAUUGAUCAAAAAAAAGUCUUGAAUAUUUCAAGCACAAAUGGCACCAUUUCCUGAGUGACCCAUUUUAGAUUAUUCAUUAUAGAUACUUUGAUUUAAAGGUGAUUUAGAAUUUCAUGCAGACAACAGGGAAUUAGGCUUAAGCAUUUGGGUUGAGUGAGAUCUGAGAUUGUUUUAUGGUUAUAAUGAAUCUGGUCUAAAUGAGUAAGAAAUUAGUAAUUGAGUUUAUGCAUUUGCAAUUAUAACAUCAAUAGAUAACUUUAAUUAAAGAUUCACAAUAAAAUGUCUGAUCUAGAUCUUUGAAAUCACGUGUUAUUUUCUAACUAUUUGUGGAAAUGCUAUCAGUCUUUGCAGUAAAGACCAAAUAAUAUUCAUUUUGGGAUCAGUGAGCACUAAUGCUUUAUGUAUUUCAUGUUUAAGUCAAUAAACGCAAUAUAAAUUAUUAAUUUUCAAGUGUCUAUUCUUUAAGGAUUUGUGUGCCUUAUUGAACUGCAUACUGCAAGUGUAUAUCAAGUAUGUCGCUCAUCGCCUGUUCUUCCCCAACACACCACAGAGAAGUACAUUGACCUUUCAAAUCACCUUGGCGUCAAAAAAUGCGCCCUCUGCUGCACGAAAGUAACAAUGCAAUUGCAUAAGACCCCAUUUCAGGAAGGAGUGACAGCGGAUGUAGGAAGUUCUGUAUAAAUUAACUAACAGAAGCCGUGGCGCGCUGUAAUUAUUUGCAUGCUGCGCACCGUCUCACUCAGUCAGCUUCUUUAUUUGCGUCAGUUGUGUGAGUAUUCUACAAGAAUUUAUUUGUCUAAAAAUUGCCGCUAAAACGGCAAACCGCGUGUUUGGCCAACAUCCUUGGUUUUUUUGUUUUCAGGGCUGAAGUGUUAUAUAUUUAAAAAACGAUGCCUUGCCUGCUACCGUCAGUAACGCUGAUGUCAGGAGCACAGAUGCCACUCUUGGGUCUGGGCACAUACAAGCUACAGGGCACUGACCAGCUGAAACAGUCUGUCAGUACAGCCCUUCAAGCAGGAUACCGUGCAUUUGACACAGGUGCAGUCUAUGGAAAUGAGGCUCAUCUAGGGCAAGUCCUUAGAGAGCUGUUGCCCAAGUACGGACUUAGCCGUAAAGAUGUGUUUAUCAUCAGCAAGCUUGCCCCUUCAGACCAUGGGCCCAGGGCAAAAGAGGGUUGCCUGAGCAGUCUCGAGCAACUAGGCUGUGAAUAUAUUGACCUCUAUCUGGUGCACUGGCCGGGGGUAGAGGGUCUUGACCAAGGGGAUUCUCGUCAUUCAGAGUAUCGGGCACAGAGCUGGACAGCCCUAGAGGAAUUCUAUGCCAGCAGGAAAUUCAAGGACAUAGGAGUCUCCAACUACACUGCAGAGCACAUUAGGGAGCUGCUCAUGACAUGCCAUGUGCCCCCAGCAGUCCUUCAAAUGGAGUGUCAACCAAAGCUGAUUCAGAGAGAACUGAGGGAUGUUUGUAUGGAGACAGGCAUUCACUUCCAGGCCUACUCCUCUCUGGGUAAAGGAGCUCUCUUGAGGGAGCCAGAGGUAAUGGCUAUAGCAAGGAGCUGUGGUCGGACCCCUGCCCAGGUUCUGCUAAGGUGGGCUGUGCAGCAAGGCAUCUCAGUUCUGCCUCGUUCCUCGCAGCCUUGCAGAAUAAAUGAGAAUAGCCAGGUGUUUGACUUCGACCUAAGUGAAAGCAAUAUCAAGAGGUUAGAUGCCCUGAAUUGUGGAACAAGGUUUUGUAAAAGAGACUCUAGUAAUAUAGCAUAAGAUGAAACGACAUGCUAUAGGGCCAAAUCUAUGAUGUAAGUUAAAUGAAAAAAUGCAACAUUUGAAUAAAGAUUAUCACAUUA